CAAACUUAAGGCGCAAGGAGGAGCUUGUAAUUUUUCCAAGUGUGGUUUGGAGGUCAAACUCAAAAUGAUUUCAUGAUAAUAACCUGUAGUGCUCACUCUGGUAGGGCAGGUUAAGGAAACAAUACCUAAACCACACCAUGUUAUUUGGUAGCCACAGACCAAUAGAAAAGUGAAGGAGAAGCUCAGUGCUGUCAGUGAUUGAUCAGCAGGAUAUUGGGAAUGGAAACACCUUUGUAUGACUGCGUUUGGAUGGAGGGAACCAGAGCUGCAGCACACUGAGACUGUUUCCAUGAGCAGUGAAACCCCUCUGAUUCCCAAAAGCCCCGUCCAGCACAGAGCAGAGCAGCACUGUGAGCCGAGUUAGCUUUCAGAGUUCCCAAGAUGCUCACACCACCUUGAAACUGCUGGAGUUUAAGAAUGACCACACUAUGCCCUUUCUCCAUUUGAUCCAGAGAGUGAGCACACAGCCCCUGUGUGCCAGAUUCCCUAUGGUAACAGCAUCCUCUCCAUGCUUUGGGAGUCUCCACCUGAAUUGAGUGACAAGGUGCACUAACAGAGCAGUGCCCAGUGACAAGGUUCUUACUGCAACCCACUGUUGUAAAACCUUCCCACGGAGAACAUGACCGAGUUCGGUUGGAUUUGGCUUCUGUUUGAUUCCUUAGUUUCCUUGAUUAAGUCCGUGAACACUGCUCCACAUCAGAAGCAACAAACAAGCCUAUGAAUAAACAUUUGAAGGGGCUUCUUAGCAGAUUGCAGACUUCAGCUCACACAGUACCAACUCUAUCAUCAUCAAAGUCCUUUUCACAAAACAUUCCAAACUGUUUAUGGAAACUGGGCCGACUUAAUCACGUGGCAAUUGCAGUGCCUGAUUUGGAGAAAGCUCAGUCCUUGUAUAAAGAUGUGUUAGGAGCCCAGGUGAGUGAGAUUGUUGCUCUUCCUGAACAUGGUGUCUACACUGUUUUUGUGGAGCUGGGAAAUACCAAGCUGGAACUUCUACAUCCAUUAGGAGAGAAAAGUCCCAUUGCAAGCUUCCUACAAAAAAACAAGACUGGAGGAAUGCAUCAUAUCUGCAUUGAGGUUGAUGACAUAAAAGCGGCUAUGACAGAACUGAAGGAAAAAAAGAUACGAAUAUUGAGUGAAGAGCCAAAAAUAGGUGCACAUGGCAAACCUGUGAUUUUUCUUCACCCUAAAGAUUGCCAUGGAGUCCUUGUGGAACUUGAGCAAGCUUGAGCUGCAAUAUUCAUAAAUAAAACAAUAGAAGAGUUGUGAAGUUCCUGAGCUGCUGCUGGGAAUAUUGAUGUGGUAUUCAGUCUUUACUAGUUCAGUGUAGUUCCCAUGGAUGAAGUACAGCUUUUGAGUACUGAAAUAGAGCUACAGAUUUAGGGUCUUUGUUGUUGCUGCUGAUCUGAUUUUCAGAAUUAAUAUGUUGUCAUUUCUUGAAUUCUCUGUGAUCCUAAACACAAAUACAUGAGCUAAGUUACAUAUGUGCCAUAAUUUAUCGUCUGUUGCCUGUUUGCAGCAUGAUUUUACCUCUGUAGCCACAGAAACUGUACAGUUUCUAGGUCAAGCUACAUUAUUUUGCUCCACAUUUCAGAGCAGAGACCCACUUCUCAGUGACAACAAUAUAGCUUAGACAUUUUUGUUAGAAAUAAAGGAAAACAAAUAUGUGUUUUCUGUUUUCACCAUUCACCAUCUGUGCUUCACACUGAUUGAUUGGUUCAUGCAAUAAAAAAAUAUAUAUUAUUGUAUGAGUGUCUGCAACCAGUAAAUAAGUUUUUCUUGGCAUAACAAUUACUGCUAAGGAAGUUGCCAUGCAUAAAUCAUCAUUUAGUUGUCUUACAAACUUCGUGGAUAUGCAGGCAAUGCAAGAAGAGAACAUGAAAAUUAUUUGCUUGACAUACAUUUCAGACUGUAAUGCAGUUGU